AUGGUAUGUCGGGGAAAAGAGUAUGUUGGAGAAAAUGGUAAAAAUGGAAAUCUUAAGAAAAGGGCAUGUCGGGGUGAAAAUGGAAUGUCGGUAUGUCGAUAUGUCAAAGAAAAGGAUAGGCGGGGAAAAGGAAAUGUCAAGAAAAGGGGAAUGUCAAGAAGAGGGUAUGUCGGGGAAAAGGAUAUGUCGGGGAAAAGAGUAUGUUGGAGAAAAUGGAAUGUCGGUAAAAAUGGUAUGUCGGUGAAAAUGGAAUGUCGGUAUGUCGGUGAAAAGGAUAUGUCAAAGAAAAGGAUAAGGCGGGAAAAGGAAAUGUUAAGAAAAGGGAAAUUGAAAGAAAGCGACAAUUUCGAAAAAUUUAGAAAUAAAGAUUAA